AUGGCGGAAGAUGGGACGCUCCUUGCGCUCGCGCAGCGACAGCUGCAGGUCGAGCGCCAGCUGCGCACAAUGGUCGAGGAGGAGGCCGCAAAUGCGCAGGAGCGCUAUGAACACGAGCAAGUGUAUCAGCAGCAUUGUCAAGACGAGAGGGUGGCUGCGCUGGAGAAGGACAUCUGCCAGGCGCACCUCGAGAACCACCAGCUGCGCCUGGAAGUUCACCGCUGGCGCAAGCAGCACGCCCUCGUCAAGCUGCGCCUGGCGGGCGCUCAGGAGGACCUCGAGCUGCAGGGCGCCCACUGCCGGCAGCUGGAGGGGCGCUGCGACACGCUGGAGGGCCAGCGCGGCGCGCUAGCGGCGCAGCUGGAGGACGCGCGGCUGCAGGCGGCUGAGGCGAAGGUGCAAAUUCUUGAGCUGGCGGAGGUCAAGGCGGGGGUGCUGCAGGAGGCCAGCAAGCUCAAGGAGGACCUUGGGAACGCGAGCGAAGACCAGUGCCGGCUGACGGAGCAGAUGCGGCUGGCGACCAUGCGCGCGACCGCGGCGUCCGAGUCGGCGCGCGCGAUGGAGGAGGCCCUCGCUGGCGCCAGGCGGGAGGCGGAUGCCGCGCGGGAGCAGCUGGCAUCGCUGCGCAGGCGCGAGAUGGAGGCGUCAGCAGCGCAGGCGCGGCUCCAAAUGGCGCUGGAGCAGGCCAGGGGCGAGCUCUCUAGCGCGAAGCAGGAGCUGGCGGACUCUGACGCCGCGCGUGCUGCUGCCGAGGGGGAGGCCGCGGAGGCCCGCGCCAUGGCGACCGGCGCAGCCGAGCGGCUGGCUCUGAAGGAGCGCGAGCUGUCCGACUGGCGGGCGCUGGAAGGCGAGAGGAAGGAGCGGCUGAGGGCCAAGGAGGAGCACCUGGAGGCGCUGAUGCAGGAGCGCAUUGCGGGCCUCAAGGACCAGGCCAGCAUCAGCGAGGCGCGGCUGCUGGACCAGGUGGCUGACCUCAGGAAGCAGCUGCAGGCUGAGGGCGACGCACGAAUGCGCAAAGAGGACGCCGCCCGCCGCAGCAGCGCGGACGCCGCCGCCGCCGCGGAGCGCGCGGCGUCGCUCGAGCGCCAGCUGACCGCGCUGCAGCGCGCGGGCGCGGAGCGCGAGGCGGCGCUGGCGCAGGCGCGCGCGCAGCUGGCGCAGGCUGAGGAGAGGCUGAUGGAGAUGGAGGAGGAGGGGCCCAGGGCCUAUGCGCAGGAGCAGCAUAGGCCGCGGGACGAGCUUAGCAGCGGCGAUGGCGUCGAUGACAUCAAAGACGACGCGGGCAGCGGCAGCGACACGGAUGAUGACGAGGAUUACGGUGCCAAGGGCAAGGGCCCAGGCGGCAACAAGCGGCGGCACGUGGCGAAGAAAGCGGCGGGCGGCCGCAAGCCGGUGCCUGGGGGCGGAAGGAAGGGGGCGGACAGAAGGCAGGGGGAGAAGGCGGGAGCGGUGGAGCGCAAGCCAGCAGCGGCGAGCAAGCAGCAAAAGAAGCCGCAGCGCUCCCAGCAGGCGACCGCGGUAGAUAAUGAGGAGGAUGACGGAGAGCAGGCGGACAAGGGAAACGGGGAGGAAACCGACCAGGAGCAGCAGCAGGGGCCGCAGCCCAGAGCUUCGGCGGUGCAGCCUCAGGCGGCCGUCAGGCCGGUCAAGUCGGCGACGGCGACGGCGACGGCGACAGCGGCUGCCGCAGCGCCUGGGCAUGAAGCAUUCAAGGCCCCGGCGAACGAUGGCAGCGCGCCAUCAGGCUCCCUGGCGGCUGCAGGGAAGCCUGAUGGUGUGGCGGCUGCCAAGGUGAUGCCCAGCGCUGCCUUGCCCAGCGUACCGGCGACCGAGGCAAGCGCGCCGUCCCAGGCGGGCAGCCAGCCCGCCUACGAGAGCCGCGCCGCCAAGAACCCCCUGGCCGCCAUCCUGCAGCCCAGGGCCCAGGCGGCCGCCAGCCAGCGCCAAAACAUGAGCGUGAGCAACCUGCUGGGCAAGCUCGGCGCUGGAGCAGGGGCCGACAAGCCCGGCGCCCGCAAGCGCAAGGUCGCGCCGCUGCUGCCCUCUGUCAGCGACAUGAGCCAGCUGCCCACUCACAUGCUGGUGGGGCCCGAUUUCACGGCGCCCAGGGUCAAGCGCGCCGCUGGCUGA